UAACUUAAUAUGAAGUUUUUUAUCUAUAUUCUACUACGAGUAGGUACCUAUGUUAUACUAUAUUUACCGUGGGAAAUGCAACAGAACUCCGAAACGAGAUUGUUCCGCUGUUAGAUAAAAUAAAUAAAACGCAAAGUGUAGGGGAAAUCUUAAUGCAAAUAAUCAAACUCUAGUUCAAAAUAUGUCGGGCUAUUGGACGGAUCUGCGAAACUGGGUCCUUCGUGAUCCUGGAAAACUUAUUCGCUAUAUAGUUUUAUUUAUUUGUAGUAUUGUUGUUAUUGUUCAGUUAUAUGAAUGUUUUUCAAAGCUUCGAAAUCCACCGAUAUCUACCCAUUCUUAUUAUAAUUUGAAUGAUACGAUUGAAAUGCCAGCUGUUACAAUUUGUCGUGAACCACCAUAUAAGGAAAAUGUAUUAGCAGAUAUAUUUGACGAUCCAAAUUGCUAUCAUCCAAAAUACACACAAUGCUGGACAUCAUUCCCCUUCGAUAAAAUUCCACUAAUUGAUGUUUUUAUCAAUGGUACCUUUGAGCAAUCUGAAACAUUUCAACUUUAUGGAUACAAUAACGAGAAAACAAACGUAGAUAUAACCAGCAGCAUACACUUUAAUCUUGGAAGAUGUUAUACUAUACGAGCAAAAUUUCCCUCGAAGCGGGUAUCAAAAAAUUCGGGCUUUUCUAUGAUGUUAAGACAUCAUGUUUUAAAAAAAGAUAGCUUACAGUAUGAAGCUGAGCCAGGGUGGCAUUUGUACGUUCAUGAUUCUAAGGAAGAGUUCACAGAAAUAAAUAUGAAAGCAUCAGGUCGUGUUGAGUAUGUUUUUGCAGAGAUUGAUGAAGAAAUUGAAAUAAAGCUACAAAGUCAACAUUUUAAAACAGUUCCCACAAUUGAUUACGCAUGUGAUAGCAGCAAGGGUUAUAGUGAUUUCAGAUGUGGAGAGACUUGCAUAUGGAAAGAAGUAACUGAUUUGUCAGAUUGUACUGGACCAUGGAUGCCGAGUGUACAAAAAAAGUCCUGUGAAAGUUAUGAUUCUAUGAAAAACCUUACAGUUUCAUAUCAAACCAAAUAUAAUAAUGAAGACAAUCCAUCUUGUGAAUGUGUGGAACCAUGUUAUUCAAAAAUAUUUUCAACUUAUAUUCAAAACCGAAAGUCAUUUAUUCAACCAACACCGACAACGCAAGUUUGGGUGUACUAUACAUCCAAACUAAUAACGAUGAUUGAAGAUAGGCCAAGCUAUGAUUCGACACAGUUUAUUGCCGAUAUGGGAGGAACACUGGGAUUUUUACUAGGACUUUCAGUUCUUGGACUUAUUGGUAUCUUAGAACACCUUACAUUAUUGAUUUUCGGAGGUAUAAUAAAAAAGAUACAACUCAAAGAAGAAAAACGCCUUCAAACCGAAAAAGAAGAAGAGGAAAGACGAUCUAACAACAGUGAUACGACUUUGGACGUUUCUUCAAUAGCUAAAAAUAGAUUUUAAGAAACAAAGAUUUAAUGCAAAAUAAAACUAUGUAGGUAUAGUUGUUUUUGUUUUUCUAUGUCUUCUUAAAAAUCUAUUUAUUUAUGACUAAUAUUCUUAAAAAAUAUUUCACAAUUCUUAAAAAUAACACAAACAUUUACUAAAUAUAAAAAAAUAAAACACUUUGUAU